AUGGGCUCCACAAUCCAAGACACCUUCCCCCUUACCAUCCCAGAAUGGCGAUCGGCUCAAGAAUCUGGGGACGGUCUUUUCCGACUCCUAGCUUUGCGUGAAUCUGAAGCUCGAUUCAACUCUAAUGCUUGGAUUGCCUUGGCCACAACUACCCAGAUCGAGCAGCAAUGGUCUUAUGCCGAAUCCCUGCGCUCGUCCGGUGUCACCCUACCACUUUUCGGCGUCCCCUUUGCUGCAAAAGAUAAUAUCGACGUUGCCAGCUUUCCUACGACCGCUGGCUGCCCCAGCUUCGCUAACGGUCCUGUUGGCAAGGAUGCCACUAUCAUCGCUCGUCUAAAGGCGGCCGGCGCUAUCGUACUCGGCAAGACCAAUCUCGAUCAGUUCGCGACAGGUCUUGUGGGCACGAGAUCUCCUUAUGGCCCCGUGGGAAACUCCUUUGAUCCCUUGCGGGUCAGUGGUGGUUCCAGCUCCGGAAGCGCCGUCGUUGUUGCCAGGGGCGUUGUCCCCUUUUCUUUGGGAACGGAUACCGCAGGCAGUGGUCGCGUGCCUGCAGGCCUGAAUAACAUCGUCGGUUUGAAGCCUACGAGAGGCGCUCUGAGCACGACGAGAGUGGUCCCUGCGUGCCGCAGUCUUGAUUGCGUAUCCAUUUUUGCUCUCACAUCCGACGAUGCAGAGACCGUGCUGUCGGCUGCAGAGAGAUUCGACCCCGAGGAUUCCUUCUCGAGGACCAGACCGGGUACUCUUGCCGCCUCAACGGGACGGCGCAUGGCCAUCUGCGACAAUCCACCAUGGUUUGGCAAGACAGAGCAAGCCGCUGCCUAUGACAAGGCUCUAACCAAGGUGGGCACGCUUGGGUGGACUCUCGAGCCUAGGGACUUCUCAGCGUUGUUUCAGCUCGCGAGUCUCCUGUACGAGGGCCCUUGGGUUGCUGAGCGCUAUGCUGCGAUCAAGGACUUCAUCAAGACGCACGAGGAUGACAUGGACCCUAUCGUUAGGGAAAUCAUCUUCAAGGCCAAGGACUUCAACGCCGUAGACCUCUUCGAGUCGGAGUAUCUUCGUCAGGAUCUGACUCGCAAGAUUCAUGAUGCGUUUGAUGAGUUCGACGCGAUUCUGGUGCCGACUGCGCCUACCUUCCCAACUCUUGAGGACCUUGUCCGAGAGCCGAUCAAGGAGAACGCCUACCUUGGCACUUAUACAAACUUCGUCAAUUUCAUGGACUGGACCGCCCUCUCUAUCCCUGCGGGCUUCCGAUCGGAUGGUCUACCAUUCGGCAUCACGCUGAUUUCUUCCACGUGGGAGGAGCCCAAGUUACUCGCCUUCGCCCGCGAGUGGCUUUCCACGGCACCUCGCCUUCUCGGUGCAACCAAGAUUGAAAGGCUCGAGAAGCUCAAAUCCGACGCAGUCGCCGCGAGUGAGCUAAAGACAACUCGUCUUGUGGUGGUAGGUGCUCACUUGGAGGGUUUUCCUUUAAACAACGACCUGACGUCUCGAGGAGCGACACUAGAGACGGCGACAACGACCUCACCCAACUACAAAUUUUACUCUCUCAACACCGACGGAAAAGUGAAAAAACCAGGUCUUAAACGUGUUCCCGUCGACGGAAGUGCCAUCCAAGUCGAGGUCUGGAAUUUGCCGACCGCGGAAAUGGCCAGUUUCAUGAAGACUGUGUCUUCGCCCCUCGGCAUCGGCUCAGUGGAGCUGUUGGACGGAAGCUGGGCCCCUGGGUUUGUCUGCGAACCCUAUGGACUGGAUGGUGCCACCGACAUCACCUCAUUCGGAGGUUGGCGUUCCUUCAUCCAGUCGCUCGACCGCCCCAAGUUCAACGUAACCAAUCCUGUUCCAUUCACUCAACAAAUCAGCGGAAUAAAGUCUGUUCUUAUUGCCAACCGUGGCGAAAUUGCCAUCCGAAUUGUUCGUACGCUGCACCGCCUGGGCCUGAAGGCUAUCGCAAUCUACUCCUCUUUUGAUGCUCGUUCCCCACACGUCCGCGAUGCAGACGUCUCGUUUCUCCUCGAAGGCUCUUCUGUCUCGGAGACUUACCUGAAUGGCCCGCAAAUCAUCCGUCUUGCAAGGACUGCUGGCGCAGAUGCAAUCAUUCCUGGGUAUGGAUUUCUGGCAGAGAACGCGGACUUCGCCUCCGCCGUCGAGGCUGAAGGUAUGAUCUGGGUCGGCCCUGCGGCUGACCAGAUGCGACAGCUGGGUUUGAAGCACCUCGCUCGCGAUGUCGCGAUUGCUGCUGGAGUUCCUGUCGUACCGGGUAGUAAACACCUCCUUACGAGUGCCGAAGACGCUUUCGCUGAAGCCAUGCGCAUCCGUUACCCUGUGAUGCUCAAGAGUACUGCUGGUGGCGGAGGGAUCGGUCUGAAGCGCUGCAAUAAGCCUUCGUCACUUUUAGAAGCGUUCAAGAGUGUUCAGAGAUUGGCCAAGGCCAACUUUGGUGAUGCAGGUGUUUUUAUCGAGCACUUCAUCAAGAAUGCGCGUCACAUCGAAGUGCAAAUUGUUGGCGAUGGUAAGGGCAAUGUUGUUGCGGCCGGGGAGCGCGAUUGCUCACUGCAACGACGAAACCAAAAGGUCAUCGAAGAGAGCCCGGCUAUCUUUGUACCGGUUGAUGUGAGAGCGAGAAUGCGCAAGGCAGCCGUUAACCUCGCCUCGGCUGUGAAGUACCGCAAUGUGGGAACGAUCGAGUUUAUCUUCGAUGUUGAUAGCACGGAGUUUUACUUCCUCGAGGUCAACACUCGGCUCCAGGUUGAGCACCCAGUCACGGAGUCUGUGACGGGGCUUGACUUGGUAGAGUGUAUGAUUCGUGUAGCAUCCGGGGACGUCGGGAGCAUCUUUGAGAACAGACACGAGGGCUUUGAGGUGAAGGGUCAUUCCAUCGAGGCGCGUGUCUACGCUGAGAGCCCCCUCCAGAAUUUCAGGCCCUGCCCAGGCCGGUUGCUGGAUGUAUCCUUCCCCGAUGAGGUGCGGGUUGACACUUGGGUUGACGCUGGCACAGAGAUGUCAUCAUCCUAUGACCCUCUCAUUGCCAAGAUAAUCGCAACCGGCGAGAGCCGAGCGGAGGCCAUCACGCAACUGGCCACCGCCCUGGACAAUACCGUGAUCACGGGAGUGGAGACCAACUUGGAGUAUCUUCGCGAUAUCGUCGACUCCGAGUUACUCAACUCUGGCGACUUCACGACGACGUCACUAAACAACUUCGACUACGACCCGCUCGUGGUUGAAGUCAUCGAUCCCGGCACCUUGACCACUGUUCAAGACUACCCCGGUCGCAAUGGGCUGUGGCACGUUGGGAUUCCGCCAUCCGGCCCCUUUGAUGACUAUUCUUUCAGGCUCGCCAACAAGCUAGUAGGGAAUCAUCCUCGGGCCGCUAGUCUGGAGUGUACCUUUCAGGGGCCCAGUCUCCUAUUCCACUCCGGUGGCGUGAUUGCAGUAACCGGUGCGCCUGUGGAGAUCCUCGUGGACAACGAGCCUUACUACCAGGAACAGGCUCUCGAUAUUCGUGCGGGGCAGACGCUCUCCAUUGGUGCACCGAAAGCUGGCUACCACACUUACAUUGCUUUCCGAGGUGGACUGCCCGUCCCAGAGAUAUUUGGCUCUCGCUCUACGUUCGCGUUGGGACGAAUAGGGGGUCACAAUGGUCGAGCUCUUCGUGCGGGGGACCUGCUGCCCACAGGAGGAGGUAUGGUGUCAGAAAAGGUCUCAGACUUUGUCAGUCCCGAACUUCCUCUGCCAACGGGGCCGAACGGGAUUUGGACGCUUGGGGUUAUCCCAGGGCAGCACUCAGCACCUGAGCACUUUACCGAAGAGGGCCUCAACACACUUUUCAACGGAGAGUGGAUUGUUCACUACAAUAGCAACCGGGUCGGUAUUCGUCUUGACGGACCCAAGCCGCGAUGGGCUCGGCAGACCGGGGGUGACGCCGGACUACACCCAUCCAAUAUCCACGACAGUCCCUACUCUGUCGGCAGCAUCAGCUUCACCGGGGACGAGGCCGUUAUUCUCACUUGCGACGGCCCAAGUCUAGGCGGCUUCGUGGUCUUUUGUGUCGUUGCUUCGGCUGAGAUGUGGAAGUUAGGACAGCUGCGCCCAGGCGAUAAGGUUAAGCUCAGGCCCAUCAGUGUUGACGAUGCGUUGGCACUGGAAGCCGCUCUUGAGGAUUCCAUCGCCAAUCUCAAGCCGUUAGAGUCUACUUUGCCUUCCAAGAACGACAUCCCCAUUCCAGCUGAGCUGAACCCUCUCCUCGGCAAUAUAGGCACCGCCGGCCGCCAUAUCUCUGUUCGCCAAGCAGGUGACUCGUCAGUUCUCCUAGAAUUUGGGAUAGAGGACGUCUUUUCCCUCCGUCAGUCCUUCCAAAUCUUUUCCUUCAUCGACCGCCACGAGCAGGCCCCAAUCCCGAACGUUCUCGACCUCUCCCCUGGUGUUCGUACUCUCCACAUCCAGUACACACCAGGCACGACCCCCUCGGAAAUCCUUUCCGCCCUCCGAUCUCACGAAACCUCCUUGGGCACCGCAGUCCCCUCUUCCCUCCCGUCGCGCACAAUAAGCCUCCCGCUCGCCUUCGACGACUCCGUCUCUAGCGCCGCAGUAGCCCGCUACGCUGCCACGAUCCGCGCAACCGCCCCAUGGCUACCCAGUAACAUCGACUUCCUCCAGAAACUCAACGCUCUGGGGUCCCGCGAGGAUGUCGAGCGCAUCUUUUUGGACGCAACGUUUCUCGUUCUCGGCCUUGGUGACGUCUUCCUCGGAGCCCCUUGCGCUGUGCCGCUGGACCCACGCCACCGCCUCUUCGGCACAAAAUACAAUCCCUCCCGCUCAUUCACACCCCGCGGCGCCGUCGGCAUUGGCGGGCAGUACAUGUGCAUCUACGGCAUGGACUCCCCCGGCGGCUACCAGCUCGUCGGCCGCACGGUGCCCAUCUGGGACGACGUAGCCGCCUCGGCCGCCUCACAAGACACCCAGCCCUGGCUCUUCCGCCUCUUCGACCGGAUCUCUUUCUACACCAUCUCUGAAUCGGAGCUCGACGCUGCCAUAGCACAGGGGAAAAUGACAGAUUUGAUCAAAAUUCAAGAGGGGUGUCUCGAUCUCCACGCAUACGAAGCCUGGCUCGAAGAGAACAAGGACGACAUCGAAGCCACCCGCGCCGCGCGCGCCGAAGCCAUCCGGACAGUGCCGUUCAUGGAGGAACUUCUCCGGCCGUACCACCCCCCUGGGACUGAGCGUCGCCCCGUCGAGGAAGAUGAUGUUGCCGGGGAGAGGGUAAAGAGCCAGAUGCCCGGUCGAUGCUGGAAGUGCGAGGUCAGUGUGGGCGACGAGGUGGAAGUCGGGGACGCGCUGGUGUGGAUCGAGUCCAACAAGAUGGAGAUCAAGAUUGAGAGUCCGGUGACGGGCACGGUAGCCAAGAUGUUGGUCGCCGAGGGGGACAUUGUUGGGCCGUAUGACGAUUUGCUAAUUAUCGAGACGGAGUAG